AUGGAGAGAUUUCAGGCUGGGAUGCUGCUGGGGAGUGUCGGGGAUGCUCUCGGUUACAGAAACGGCCGCAGGGAGAACGGUGCUUCAGGCACGAAGAGUCAGGAGGGGCUGCAAACCCUCGGGGGACUGGACCACCUCGUGCUCUCACCGGAGAAGUGGCCUGUGAGUGACAACACCAUCAUGCACAUGACGACGGCCAGGGCCCUCACCACAGACUACUGGUGCCUGGACGACCUGUACCGGGAGAUGGUGAGGCGCUACGUGGAAGUGCUCGAGAAGCUUCCUGAACGCCGAGCAGACCCCUCAACCAUCGAAGGCUGCUCGAAACUGAAGCCGGACAACUACCUCCUUGCCUGGCACACACCUUUCAACGAGAAGGGUUCGGGGUUCGGAGCCGCCACCAAAGCGAUGUGCAUUGGCAUGAGGUACUGGAAGCCGGAGCGGCUGGAGACCCUUAUUGAAGUCAGCAUUGAGUGCGGCCGGAUGACACACAACCACCCCACAGGCUUCCUCGGGUCCCUGUGCACAGCCCUGUUUGCAUCCUACGCCGUACAAGGAAAGCCACUGGAACAGUGGGGGAGAGACAUGAUGAAGACAAUCCCACUGGCUGAAGAAUAUUGUAAGAAGACCAUCCGGCACCUGGCAGAGUACCAGGAGCACUGGUUCUACUUUGAAGCUAAAUGGCAGUUUUACCUGGAGGAGAGAAAAAUUAAUGAAGACACUAAAAGUAAAGCUGUCUUUCCGGACCAUUAUGAUGCAGAGGACAGGGACAAGACCUACAAGAAGUGGAGCUCGGAAGGUCGAGGGGGACGACGGGGCCACGAUGCCCCCAUGAUCGCCUACGACGCUCUCUUAGGAGCCGGGGACAACUGGGAAGAGCUCUGCCACCGGGCCAUGUUCCACGGAGGUGAGAGCGGCGCCACAGGGACCAUCGCGGGCUGCCUGUUCGGGCUGCUCCACGGCCUGGAUGCUGUUCCCAAGGGCCUGUACCAGGACCUGGAGCACAAGGAGGAGCUGGAGCAACUGGGCGAAGCGCUUCACCGCCUGUCCACAGAGGAGAAGUAA